GGACGCAGUGAGAGCGUCUCAGGGGAGGAGGGCAGGGCGGCCGGGCCCCUCCCACUCUGACUUUUGUCGCGUGUCCCGCCCCCGGGACCGGCAGCAGGCACCGGGCCACCGGCGAGUGUGCGCAGAAACUUCGGCCACCGACGGCGGUGCGCGAGGACCGCGGCUGACCUGCCGGCGCCAUGCGCGCCCUGCCCGGCCUGAGGGGGCUCCGGGGGCUCCGGGGGCCGCCGCCCGCGCUGCGGCUGCAGCUGCUCCUCCUGUGCCUCCUCGCCGGCGAGCGCCGGAGCUGGGCGGACGGCAACACUACAGCUUCACCUCUUACAAGUCUACCCAUCCCAGAAGUAAUGAUGACAAAAUACUCCAACCUUUCCUUGAAGAGUCAUAACAUCUCACUGACUGCUUCACCUCUUACAAGUCUACCCAUCCCAGAAGUAAUGAUGACAAAAUACUCCAGCCUUUUCUUGGAGAGUCAUAACAUCUCACUGACUGAACAUUCCAGUGUGCCAGUGGAAAAAAAUAUCACCUUAGAACGACCUUCUGCUAUAGAACUCACAUGUCAAUUCACAACUUCUGGGGAUGUGAAUUCAAUAAAUGUGACUUGGAAAAAAGGGGAUGAACAACUUAAGAAUUACCAUGUCAAUGCCACAGGAGGCAUCCUGUAUACCCAGUACAAGUUUCCCAUCAUUAAUAGCGAACAACUGGGAAGCUAUUCUUGUUUCUUUGAAGAGGAAAAGGAACGAAGGGGCACAUUUAAUUUCGGAGUCCCUGAAGUUCAAGGAAAAAAGAAACCAUUGAUCACUUAUGUGGGGGAUUCCGUUGUCUUGGUGUGUAAAUGCCAACACUGUGCUCCUUUAAAUUGGACCUGGUACAGUGGUAAUAGGAGUGUACAGGUUCCUCUUGAUGUUCACAUGAAUGAUAAGUAUGUGAUCAAUGGAACAAACGCUAAUGAAACAAGGCUCAAGAUAAUGCAGCUUUCAGAAGACGAUAAAGGAUCUUACUGGUGCCAUGCAAUGUUCCAGUUGGGCGAGAGCCAAGAAAGUGUUGAACUUGUUGUGAUAAGUUAUUUGGUGCCCCUCAAACCAUUUCUUGGAAUAGUUGUUGAAGUUAUUCUUUUAGUGGCUAUUAUUCUGUUUUGUGAAAUGCACACCCAAAAGAAAAAGAUGCAUACAGAUGAUGGGAAAGAAUUUGAACAAGUUGAACAGUUGAAAUCAGAUGAUAGCAAUGGCAUAGAAAAUAAUGCCCCUAGGCACAGAAAAAAUGAAGCUAUGAGCCAGUGAAAGCAAAACAUCGUGUCAAGAGUAAUGGGAAGAUGUAUAGUUUCUACUUCAGCUUUGUUUAUGUUUCCUGUGAAGAAUAUCUGAGUUUUUAUUUUUACAAGGAUGAAAAGUUUAUGCAAUAUGCUCAGCAGUAGUUUUGCAAUAAUACAUGCUAUCUCAGAUCCAAAGAUAUAUUUUCCUUCUGUGAUUAUUUAACAUUAAAGCAAGGUAAAUCGUAUUAAAUAUGUUCUAUGAGCUAUAACCCAGGAUAACUAAUUUCAUCUUGGUCAUCAAGGGAUGCACAGAGGAGAUACCAGCAAAACCAGUUAGUACUACAUAAACUAAUGUCAUUCAAGACCUGUGUAUAACCAAAGAAUUCAUUAAAGAGAAAACUUUUACCAUUU